AUGAGUCUCCUCAAAGAACGUAAGCCGAAGAAGCCUCACUACAUCCCAAGGCCCCCAGGAAAGCCGUUUAAAUAUAAGUGCUUUCAGUGUCCCUUUACCUGCAAUGAGAAAUCCCAUCUUUUUAACCAUAUGAAGUAUGGUCUCUGCAAAAACUCUAUUACUUUAGUAUCAGAGCAGGAUCGCAUUAUCAAGUGCCCAAAGACCAGUUCCUUGGAGCCCAAACAGAUCAACCAGCUAGAACCUACAGUCAAACCAACAUCUUCCAAAUCCAUCGCAAACGGACUGUCAAAUCUUGAUUCAAAGCCUCAGUAUCCUUUUGCAAAAGAAGAUGCCAAGGAAAAUGUUGAAUUACAAAACCAAGCAACAAACACAGCAAUUCAAGGACAGAAACCUGCAAUCCCAAAGGAAUUAGCUCCAGCCAGUACAACAGAAGCUGCCAUCAGCAUGCAGCCCCUUUUGGACAGCAUUGUAAGGCCCUCAGCUUUUGUUCCUGUAGGAGAACACAGAGAUAGUAAAGGCCCAGAAGGUAAUGAAGUAUCUGAAAUGAUAUCCCUCACUAACAAAAGUUCACCUUUUCAUGCUAAAUCGGCGUUUCAUGCACCCAGUCACCCAUGGAAAGCAGGUUCUCCUUUUCUCCCAGAGUUUCCCCACAAAGUUGCUCCUGCAAAAGGUUUUGGUUCCAUUUCACCCUAUGUGCAGCCGAUGCUUCCAGAGUACUCCCCUCACUUCUAUGAGCACAGGCUGGCUAUCUAUGCACCUUAUUUGCUUCCUGGUAAUUCAGAGUGCGAAACCUCUGCUCUCUCCGUCUAUGGCACACAAGAUCAAAGACACUUUCUUCCCCAUCCUGGGCCACUUCCAAAACCAAUAAAUCCAUCGGCAUAUGAACACUAUCGAUUGUUCCAACAAUAUCACUCCACUCCUCCGAUACCAUAUGGAUUUUGUAGGCCAACAGAUCCUCCAUUUUACAGAUUUUCACACGUAGCUGGUAUCAACAGAGAGCAGAGUUCUCAUCUAAUGGAAGAAACUAGCCUGCUGUAUCCUGCUUCUUUAAGUCCAUCCCAACAAUACCCUCUAAACUCACAUAAAAAACAAACAGAUUAUGAAAAAGAAAUUACACUGUUGCAUGGCAAAAGUCAUUCCAAAGAUGACCAAAACGAAAGAGAGAACGCAAAAAUGAGCCCUCUUGCAGGAAGCGCAGCAACGGGCUCCCCGGGCAGGCCCAGCCCAACCAACUUCACUCAGACGAGCCAUGCUUGCGAGGGCUUAUUUGACCUCUCCAACAAGGCAUCUUCCACCCUGCUUGGCAAGUAUGACCAGCCAGAGGAGAAUUUCACAGCUUUCAGACCUGUGAGAAAGAGCGCUGACCAACCCGCUCUACUUCCGAGCGCGCACGCGCAGCAGGAGCGAGGAGAUUCACCCACCAGCAUUAAUGUCACUGACGAAGACUCCUUCGUACCCAGCGAAUGCCGUAACAACGAGGGCUCCCUGUCCAACACUGAAGACGACACAGGGGUAGCUCCUCUUAAUCUUUCAAAGAAGCCUGACACAAACACGGGACCUGUUCAUGAACACACAUACAAAAACACUUCCAAAGCAGAAAGCCAGAACUUUCUGGAAUUGCAAGACGUGCCUCUGAACCUCUCUGUAAGAGACUCCUGUAACGCAGGAAGCCUCAAGACUGCUGCACUGCACAGUCCAGCUCAUGAAAACGGUGCUGCUACUUCUCCAAAACCCCAAAAUGAAAAUGCUGCAGCAGACACAUGCAACCCCAAGAAUCCUACUAGUGGUGCCGGUGACAAACCUGCCUUCUCAGCUGCCCGUAACGAAGCCCAAGACUUGAGAAUAAUUGACAGUUGUGAUGAACAGAAGCAAACAGCAGCAGUGGCUCUCUGCCAGCUGGCCGCAUACAGCCCCAGCAAAGUCAGGAUGGGCAACGAUGGGCAGAGUCCUCAGGACUGUAAAGCUUCAGGCACAGAAGCUGCUCUUAAUUCUGCAGAUACUCAGGAUACUCAAAGCAAUCAAAAAGUAAAAGGACAAAAAAGGACAAAUCAAAAAGAAUCCACAAAGUCACAGCAAGGCACUAAACGAGUGCGCCCAAAUGACUGUAGCAGAGUCUUCACUUUGAGGAAGAGAACAAGAGUGUCAUAA